CUUUAUAUACUGGGUAUGUAUGUAGGCAUGUUCUGAGAUUUUGAUUGUGGUGUCCAACCCACAACUAACUAGAAGACCUCGAGAUCCGGAUUAUAUAUUUGGAAGUCUGAGAAUAGCAGAAUUCCGAGUAUUUAUCUAGUUUCCUCUACUGAGAAACUAAACUUGUGGCUACGAAUCUUACGUUAUCGUUUACUGCAAAGUCUCAUAGGAUGGCCGGAUUGGAAAUCAUAGGAGCGAUAUCUGCUGUAUCGGCAUUGCUAGAAUCGACCAUCGGUCUUCUCAGCCGACUGCGAAAAACAUACGACGACCAGAAAAACUCCUCAAGAGUGCUCGGAGCUCACGUUGUGGAGAUUCAAGGAAUCUUGACUAUCCUCGAGCUCGUCAAGCAUGAAGCUAAUUUGCGCACUGCGGCUGUUCUUUCUGAGAUUGAGAACAUUCGUAAGAUAGCGAUGGAGCUGAUAGGUACCCUAGAAUCAAUGGUACCGGGAGACAAGAGUCAAGCACGGCGUUUUGCUCACCAAUUCUUCCAGGGAACCAAAGAGCAGGAGACACUCGCAAAGCUGAUGGAGCGGCUUGAGCACGCAAAGUCGAAUUUGGGUUUGGGUUUACAUGUUGCCCAUGUGGGAGUGACGCAGUUCGUAGGCGAUGAAGUUGCGAUAAACAUGGAGAUCUUGAAUCGAGUGGACGGGCUACUUCGCAAUGUAUUUGGAGAUGAUGGAGGUCUUAAGAUUGCAGAUAUGGUUAAGGGCCAUUGCCCCGAAAAAGAUGGACUGGUGCAUAUCAGGAGUGAAGAUCUCUCCUCAAGAACAGAUGGAAAUGUCAAAGACGCGGGUCAGGUUUCCAGUCGGGUGGUUUUGAAAAAUGUGACCCGAGACCAAGCGCUACAGAUCAAUGGACCCAUUGGAGAAAAGGGGUGGCGAGAAGUAUCUCAGCUGGAAAUUAGAGACAACGAAGCUGCUGGAAAUGGCCUUCAAGUCAACCAUGCGAUUUCUGAAGAUCUGUUUAUGCAAUUGCUGGCGCACAGAGACCGAAAUAAUAAGUCGGAUAGUACGCUGGGACCAGUUUUACAAGUAAGCGCUAGGCCUUCUGCUUCUGUUGGUGGUCGUCCUUGCGUUGUGCCGAAGAUAGAAAGUAGUGAGGUUAGCGAGUAAGCUCAGAAUAUGAUUGUAUAAUGAAAUAA